AUGGCAACGACAGAGAAGGCAAAAACAUUAACAAGUGCUCAAGGAUUUUACUUUGGAGGUUUAAGUGGAAUGAUGGCAACUUGUGUUGUUCAACCAGUUGAUCUUAUAAAGACAAGAAUGCAAUUGCAAGGAGGAUCCCCAGUGACUAUUGUUUCUAAUCUUAUUAAACAAGAAGGUAUUCUUAGAAUUUAUAAAGGAUUAGAUGCUGGUAUAUUGAGACAACUCACUUACACAACAACUAGAUUGGGUGUUUUUAAUGCUCUGCAAGAUUAUCUCACAACCACAGAUAGUAAUGGAAAGAAAGUUCAACCAAACUUUGCAAUGAAAAUUGUUUCAGGAAUGGUUGCUGGUGGUAUUGGUGCUGUUGUAGGAAAUCCUGCUGAAGUUUGUUUGAUUAGAAUGACAUCUGGUAAAUUCAAUUAUAGCCAUGUAGGUCAAGCAUUAGUUAGAAUAGCUAAAGAUGAAGGAAUUAAGAGUUUAUGGAGAGGAACAUCACCAACUGUUACUAGAGCUGUUAUUCUCAAUGCUGCUCAAUUAUCUUUCUAUUCUCAAGCUAAGGAAGUUCUUAUCAAAUACAAUAUUAUGCAAGAUGGUAUUGGAUGUCACUGUGUCAGUUCAUUAAUCAGUGGAUUUGCAUCAACUGCUGUUUCAAUUCCUGUAGAUUUGGCCAAGACAAGACUUCAAAGUAUGAAAACUGUUUUGGAUCCAGUUACUGGUCAAAUGGUUCCUGAAUAUAAGGGACCACUUGAUGUCAUUACUAAGGCUAUUAAGAAUGAAGGUAUAUUGAGUUUGUGGAGAGGUUUCACUCCAUACUUUUUGAGAUUGGGUCCUCACACUCUUCUCACUUUCGUCUUUUUGGAACAAUUCAGAUUCAUGUAUGGUCAUUAA